UUGGCGCCUGCGCAGUGGGGGCGGCGGCGGCCAGGCGCACGCUGAGGCAGGAGCGGGACCAGCGCGAGACUCCGGGACCCCCUCGACCGUUGCCAGAAUGCCAGGACUAAGCUGUAGAUUCUACCAGCAUAAAUUUCCAGAGGUGGAAGAUGUAGUGAUGGUCAACGUUCGGUCCAUUGCCGAAAUGGGAGCCUACGUCAGCCUUCUGGAGUACAACAACAUUGAAGGCAUGAUCCUUCUCAGUGAGCUAUCCAGAAGACGUAUUCGUUCCAUAAACAAACUCAUCCGCAUCGGGAGGAAUGAAUGCGUGGUGGUCAUAAGAGUUGAUAAAGAGAAAGGUUAUAUUGACUUGUCAAAAAGAAGAGUUUCUCCAGAGGAGGCAAUCAAAUGUGAAGACAAAUUCACAAAAUCGAAGACUGUUUACAGCAUCCUUCGCCAUGUUGCUGAAGUCUUGGAGUACACUAAGGAUGAGCAGCUUGAGAGUCUGUUCCAGAGAACUGCCUGGGUAUUUGAUGACAAGUACAAAAGACCAGGAUAUGGUGCUUAUGAUGCAUUCAAGCAUGCAGUCUCAGACCCUGCAAUCCUGGAUAGCCUAGAUCUGACAGAGGAAGAGAGGCGUGUAUUGAUUGACAAUAUUAACAGACGUCUGACACCACAAGCAGUCAAAAUCCGAGCUGAUAUUGAGGUUGCCUGUUAUGGUUAUGAAGGCAUAGAUGCAGUAAAAGAAGCUUUGAGAGCAGGCUUGAACUGUUCCACGGAGAACAUGCCCAUUAAAAUUAAUCUAAUAGCCCCUCCUCGUUAUGUGAUGACUACAACAACACUGGAGAGAACUGAAGGACUGUCUGUUCUAAAUCAAGCCAUGGCUGUAAUUAAAGAAAAAAUUGAGGAGAAGAGGGGUGUCUUUAAUGUGCAGAUGGAGCCUAAGGUGGUUACUGACACAGAUGAGACUGAGCUUGCAAGGCAGUUGGAAAGACUGGAGAGGGAAAAUGCUGAAGUGGAUGGGGAUGAUGAUGCUGAGGAAAUGGAAGCCAAAACUGAAGACUAAAUAUUCUGGGAUAUUUAGAAGCGGCAGACCAUAUGAAAAAUUAAAGACCCCAUUGCAAACA